GGACUGAGCAAGGCGGAUGACAUCAUGAGCUAGGGAACAGUGAGCAGCCAGUGAAGCGUCCAGCCUGCCGAACAAGGCUGAGUUUAGGGUCAGGAACCGGUCUGACAAGAGAAUGGCAAUCCUGCCUGUAAACUGUCAAUAGGACUUAACAGUUAAGGAUGAACCUACCAGAACACUGGAUCCAAAGGCUACACACCGAACAAGAGAAUGUCAAGACAUAUUUCAGGAUACUGUGAGUGUUACUAAAGAUGUCCGAUAGUGUCGAUAUUGAAGAGAAACCGCCAGCCCCUCCCUUGAGAAUGAACAGUAGUUCCCGAGACUCUUCAUCAGUGAAUCACGGCUCCAAACCUCUCCCAAUGGCUCCUGAAGAGAAGAACAAGAAGGUUCGCCUGCGCUCCAUCUUCCCUGGAGGAGACAAGACAAACAAGAAGAAGGAGAAGGAGCGUCCUGAGAUCUCGCUGCCCUCAGACUUUGAGCACACCAUCCAUGUUGGUUUUGACACUGUUACAGGGGAGUUCACUGGCAUCCCAGAGCAGUGGGCACGCCUCCUUCAGACCUCCAACAUCACCAAGCUGGAGCAGAAGAAGAACCCUCAGGCCGUGCUGGACGUGCUCAAGUUCUACGACUCCAAAGAGACGGUCAACAACCAGAAAUACAUGAGUUUCACUUCCGGAGACAAAUCCGCACAUGGAUACAUAGCAGUCAACACUCUGAACCGACUGCUGUCGUCUGGGCCUCCUGUCAGCCAUAGAACCUGCAGCGCAUUAUUUGACAAGGGUGCAAAGACAUCCACAGAGCCCCCGAUAGCGCCCCCUGUGUCAGAGGAGGAGGAGGAGGAGGAGGAAGAAGAGGAGGAGGAUGACGAUGAUGACAAUGAGCUUCCGCCCGUCAUCGCACCUCGACCUGAGCACACUAAAUCUAUAUACACCCGCUCUGUCAUCGAGCCCUUGGCGCCUCCCGCCCCUGUGAAGGAGGUCACAACCCCACCGGAGUCCCAGGUCUUGCCAGAGAACACAUCCAGCACUCUGUACCGCAACACCGACCGGCAGAAGAAGAAGUCCAAGAUGACAGACGAGGAGAUUCUGGAGCGACUGAGGAGCAUUGUGAGUGUGGGGGACCCCAAAAAGAAGUACACACGCUUUGAGAAAAUAGGACAAGGGGCAUCUGGCACUGUAUACACAGCCAUUGACAUUGCUACUGGCCAGGAGGUGGCCAUCAAGCAGAUGAACCUCCAGCAGCAGCCCAAGAAGGAGCUCAUCAUCAAUGAGAUCCUGGUGAUGAGGGAAAACAAAAACCCCAACAUAGUCAACUACCUGGACAGUUACCUGGUAGGGGAUGAGCUGUGGGUAGUGAUGGAGUACCUGGCUGGAGGCUCACUGACUGAUGUCGUGACUGAGACCUGCAUGGACGAGGGCCAGAUCGCUGCAGUCUGCAGAGAGUGUCUGCAGGCUCUGGACUUUCUGCACUCCAACCAGGUGAUCCACAGAGACAUCAAGAGUGACAACAUCCUGCUGGGCAUGGACGGCUCGGUCAAGCUCACCGACUUCGGGUUCUGUGCCCAGAUCACCCCAGAGCAGAACAAGCGCAGCACCAUGGUGGGCACGCCCUACUGGAUGGCACCCGAGGUGGUGACCCGCAAGGCCUACGGGCCCAAGGUGGACAUCUGGUCCCUGGGUAUCAUGGCCAUAGAGAUGGUGGAGGGUGAACCUCCCUACCUGAAUGAGAACCCUCUCAGAGCGCUGUACCUUAUCGCCACCAAUGGGACUCCAGAGCUCCAGAACCCUGAGCGAUUGACCUCUGUGUUCAGAGACUUCCUCAACCGUUGCCUGGAGAUGGACGUGGACCGCAGAGGCUCAGCCAAGGAGCUCCUCCAGCAUUCGUUCUUGAAGUUAGCCAAGCCCCUGUCCAGCCUGAGCCCCCUGAUUGUUGCAGCCAAGGAAGCCAUCAAGAACAGCAGCCGCUAGGAGGCGCUGUGUGUCCACACACAGAGCUGGACCCUGCUCCAUGGGGUUGUGAGACAGGCAGCACAGGGAUAAACAGUAACCAACCCCUCUGCUGCCUCAUACAGAGGAUGGACAGCUGGCCUACAGGGCCUCUCAGCGGCCGAGAUGCUGCUACUUCCUGCCUCCUCUUUUAGUCCGCCAGCAUUCUGUACAUGUGGAGCAGUCCAUCGGUACUGUGUGUGUGUGUGUGUGUGUGUGUGUGUGUGUGUGUGUGUGUGUGUGUGUGUAAGGGUGUGUGUGUGUCCUGUGAGGGGAGUAGAUGCUCCUUAACAAAAACACAAAAAAAGAGAAAAUACAAAGAAAAAAACUUGUGCUCCUUUUCAAGAGGGAGAGAUCCAGGAAGCACUGAGAGCUUGUGAUUCCUUCCCUUUCCCUUUCCUUCCCUUUCUGUCCAGCGAUCACCUCGGUUCCCUUUUCUUCUAGGUCUUUCCAAUAAGGCCUCUCCUGUAUUGAACAUUUUACAUGAGAGACAGACUCUGGGACUCGGGAACCGACAUAUGCCUGCAUGACUUUGGCUCUGUGUAACCAACUUGCAACCUGCUCAUCCUCUGCAGGUGUGUGUGUGUGUGUGUGUGUGUGUGUGUGUGUGUGUGUGUGUGUGUGUGUGUGUGUGUGUUUUGCAAGCCAUUUGGCUUACUCCAGGACAUAGCUGUAAUUCUUUGGAUACCCUAAACUUCCUAGAUGUUCAGAGAUCUGACAUAGAGAAUGGCUGGGCCAAGGCUGUAGUGGAGGCUUGAUUCAAUCACUACUGCCUCUCGGAUGGGCCACAGUGUGUUCACGUUUCCAAAGUCAAAAGCUUUGAAAACAUUUUCCAAUUCUUCAAGUUCAAGUAUGAAACCCAUGUUAUGGACUUACUACCUGUAGUUAGUUCAAAUCGAUUUAGUAAAUGAAUUCAUUUGUAAUUGUUUGUCCAGAGUCAAUUUCCAAUCAGAACGUCUGAGACGCGUGGUCCGUUAGAAAGAUUCUGAAGGUGUCACAAUCUAUUGCAGGACACUAGACUGGACAGACUAGACUGGACAGGACAAACUGGACAGGACAGACUAGACUGGACAGACUAGACUGGACAGACUAGACUGGACAGACUAGACUGGACAGAUUAGACAGGACAGACUAGACUGGACAGACUAGACUGGACAGACUAGACAGGACAGACUAGACAGGACAGACUAGACUGGACAGACUAGACUGGACAGACUAGACAGGACAGACUAGACAGGACAGAUUAGACUGGACAGACUAGACUGUAUUAGUGUCUAUGUGGGGAUAGCCUGCCAACAAAAAUGAGCUUGAAAAUAUUUUUCAGUUUGCCAAUGUUACCAUUUGUUUCACAUCAGUGAGCCUUACUUUUGCUUUAACCUCUGAUCUGUGAAUUUACCUAAAUGUAUCUGAAGCAGAAGCCAUUUGUUCAAAUGAGCACAAUCCCUGAGUUAGUGCACAUGUUCAUCUGUCUGUCUGUCUGUCUGUCUGUCUGUCUGUCGGUCGGUCUCUCUCUCUCUGUCUUUGUCCAUCCAUGAGGAGUGUAUAUAUAGUUUUUUAAAUGGGAUGCCGUUCUUUAGCUUCCUCAGCGUGAGUUAAGACUCAUUACUCCAGUGUCUUGUCGCAGCUAAACUUUCCUAAGUACUGUGUGAGUUUAGUUGUAUCUGUUUCUGUGAGUUUUUGCUGUGUGGCCAUAGAUUGGUGGGUGUUAGUAAAUCAUUUGUCCAUGAAAAUGUUUUUGGAUUGAUGACUGAGUGCCAUUGUAUAAUUGUAACCUGUCUUACGGACCAUUGAAAACAAGAGGAUCACAUUCCCCUUCACUCUGCCAUUCCUACCAUCCCAUAGCAGAGGCUACUGGACAAGUACUCUGAAAAGCUCUCUCCCUACAUAAAUAUAGACUGUUUCUUGAUUCUUAAAAGCUUACUUAUAACCAUCCCUGUGACAUUCUCUGCCUGUUUCAUAGUAGCCACAGUUUCCCGUAGGACUGUACUGAAGUCCAGACCUGGGACAGAGAGAGUAGGAGACAGGAUAGACACUUGUCCUCGUGUUGUGUCUAUAUCCCUGGUAGAUUGUGUGUGUGUGUGUGUGUGUGUGUGUGUGUGUGUGUGUGUGUGUGUGUGUGUGUGUGUGUGUGUGUGUGUGUGUGUGUGUGUGUGUGUGUGUGUGUGUGUGUGUGUGUGUGUGUGUGUGUGUGUGUGUGUGUGUGUGUGUGUGUGUGUGUGUGUGUGUGUGUGUGUGUGUGUGUGUGUGUGUGUGUGUGUGUGUGUAUGAAUGGGAGUGUAUGUAUGAGUGGCUGUGUGUACACGUGUGUGUGUGAGCACGUGUGUGUGUUUGUAAGCGAGAGAGCUACCUCAGCGCUAGAUGCCACUCCUGUUGUCCACCUUAACUCAGACGGUGAGGUGCAGGGUAGCUGCUCACUCGUACCACCACUGUAGGCUAUACGUACUGUAGAAAUGCAGGAGAGCCAAUGCAAGGAGGACAUGGCCGAUUUCAUGCAUGGGAAGCUACACAUGUUAAUUCAUUUUCCAAGUAGGCUAACAUUGUUAGAAUAUGUGUGUAUGUAUGUAAAUAAGAUGGAAAAAAUGCAAUGACAAUAUUCAGGUUGCUCUAUAGUAGGCCUAUGUAUUUGUAAAUGGUUUGCACCCUGGAAAUUGAACAUGAAAAUAAACAUUGUCUAAACACUCCUGGAUGGAACAAUCCUGCUUGGGCUGUGUCAGACAGUACUUCACCUGGACACAGAGCCAUUGGAAGCAGUCCUGUCUGUCUCCAGCACGCCCAUGGAGCCUGUCUGUCUGUCCGGAGCACGACUGCUGAGUGUGCCUGUGGCUGAGAGUAUCAGGGACCUCACAGAGACGAUCUGCCCUGUGACCUUUGGUCUCACCUAUAUACCUGAACUAUGAGCACAAAGAUGAACUCUGGGACAGCUAGCGGCCCCCCGGCCUGCCCCACCCCGCCCCGCCCCGCCGGUCCGCUCCUCUUCUGCGGUCGCUCCUGUACAUUCCUCUCUUUUGAAUGUGUAAACCUGUACACGUGGUGUGAAAAUUCCUCUAUAAAUGUGUAUCAAGAGAAUGGAACAAAGACAAAAAAGCGUUUCUUUUUAAAAUAUUCCUAUUAUUAUUCUACUAUUAUUAUCAUGUGGGUGUGUUAACCACUGAUCUGUCUGGUAAACCUCAGCAGCCCCCAUCUUUGGAAACAGACAGAUAAGGAAAAGCGACAGGGGAAAACUAAGGUUUCGGAUAAGCUAUUUUUAAUUGUGGUUAAAGCUAUAGACUUUUUUAAAUUAUGAAUUGUGCAUGGCUGUGUCUUGAGUGUAAAACAACAAAAUACUGCAGUUUGGGAACUGGACUGAAAUAAAAUAAAAAAAUAAAACAUCA